ACCAGGGUUGCUCGCAUGCAGCGUUUCGUAAGAGCUUACGAUAGUAAAAGGAGAGUUGGGAACAGCCCCCUAUUAAGUGUCAGACUGUGGAGAGUCUUUCCCACUUGGAAAGAAGAUUUCUUUCUGGGACAUCCACAGCCGGAGCUCGUGUACCGGUUUCUGGGGGAGAAUUUCAGAAGAGGAGGCUUGAAUUUCCAUCUUUUUAUUUAACACCUUUUCCAAGAUCAUUCAUGUUGUACUGAAAAACUAAAGCUAAGGAUGAAGAUCAGGCUGUCUCUGGCAGCAGCUGCCUUCCUGGCAGUCCUCGUUUCCUCAGUUGAGGCUCAAGUUGAACCACCCUCAGACUUGAAAUUUGAAAUUCUAAAUGAGAACACAGUACAAAUGUCAUGGACACAGCCAUCAACACGGAUACAGGGUUACAGAAUACAAGUUGUGUCAGACACAGAUGAACCUGCGAAAGAGCUGAGCCUAGCAGCCACUGCCACAAAGACGUCUAUCUCAGAGCUGACACCGGACAUAGACUAUGUGGUGACCAUUGUCUCCUAUAAUGGACCAGAGGAGAGCAUCCCCAUCUUUGGCCAGAUCACAAUUCAAGCCAGUGACUCUGUUGGAACUCAGAGGAAGCCACAGGUUACUGAUGCAAUCAAGUGUACAGCCAGCGCUAUUGCAGACGUUGCCUUCCUGGUGGACGGCUCUUGGAGUGUUGGGCGGGAGAACUUCAAGCACAUCCGCAGCUUCAUCAGCUCCAUGGCGGGUGCCUUUGAGAUUGGUUUGGACAAGACCCGGGUGGCCGUGGUGCAGUAUAGCACUGACACCAGGACAGAGUUCAACCUGAACCAGUACUCCAACCGUGGCGAACUCCUCCGUGCCAUCAACACACUGCCAUACAAGGGUGGCAACACAAUGACCGGUGAUGCCAUGGAUUACUUGCUGAAAAACACUUUUACUGAGGCAGCAGGGGCUAGGAAGUCUUUCCCCAAGGUGGCCAUGAUUAUCACAGAUGGAAAAUCGCAGGACCCUGUGGAAGAAUAUGCCAGGAAGCUGAGGAACAAUGGGGUUGAGAUCUUUGUCUUGGGAAUCAAAGGAGCAGAUGAGGAGGAACUGAAACAAAUUGCCUCCAGGCCUCACAACACGCAUGUCUAUAAUGUCCCCAACUUUGACUUGAUCAAGGAAGUGCAGCGCAAACUCAUAACAGAGGUGUGCGCUGGGGUCGACGACCAGGUCAAUUCCCUCGCAAGCGGGGAGGAAGUUGUGGAACCAGCCUCAAACCUGCAGGUUGUUGAAAUCUCGUCCAAGUCCAUGAGGGUGACGUGGGACGCAUCCUUCGGUGAGGUGACGGGAUACAAGCUGCAGUUGAUCCCCAUGCUGGCCGACAGGAAGAGACAAGAGUUAUACGUUGGGCCCACCCAGACAGCGGUGAAUGUUCGAGACCUGUCCCCCGAGACUGAGUACGAGAUCACCCUCUUUGCCCUCAAGGGCCUGACCCCCAGUGAGCCCGUUAUGGACAUGGUGACAACCCAGCCAGUUAAAGUGUCUCUGGAAUGCUCUUUGGGAGUAGAUGUACAGGCUGAUGUUGUCCUGUUAGUGGAUGGCUCUUACAGCAUUGGAUUGGCCAACUUUGCCAAAGUGAGGUCUUUCCUGGAGGUCCUGGUGAACUCCUUUGACAUUGGCCCCCACAAGGUGCAGAUCAGCUUAGUGCAGUAUAGCCGGGACCCACACACUGAGUUCGCCCUCAACACGCACCCUGACCUGCCUGGGGUUCUCAAGGCAGUGCGGUCUUUCCCCUACCGUGGUGGCUCUACAAACACGGGCAGGGCCAUGAAAUAUGUCCGGGAGAAGAUCUUUGUUGCUGCCCGGGGGGCCCGUCAUAACGUGCCACGUGUCAUGAUCCUCAUCACUGAUGGAAAGUCAUCAGAUGCCUUCACCGACUCCGCCACUAAACUGAGGAACACUGAUGUUGAGAUCUUCGCUGUGGGUGUGAAGGAUGCCGUGCGCUCGGAGCUGGAGGCCAUCGCCAACCCUCCAGCAGACACUCAUGUCUACACUGUGGAGGACUUUGAUGCCUUCGAGAGAAUCUCCAAGGAGCUCACACAGUCCAUCUGCCUCCGCAUCGAGCAGGAGCUCCUCAAUAUUAAGAAGAGAAGUCUGAUUUCACCCAGAUCCCUGGAAUUCUCUGAGGUGACAUCCCGGAGCUUCAGGACCACCUGGGUCUCAGAUUCGACUGACGUUCUGUCCUUCCUGGUCAGGUUCAGGCCUGCACUGGACGUCACUGGAGACUACAUCACAAUGUUUGUGCCAGCGGACACCAAGACCGUUGUCCUCCCCUACCUCACCCCCCUGACGAAAUAUGAGGUCAAUGUCUUUGCCCAGUAUGACAAAGGGGACAGUUUUCCCCUGACUGGAGAAGAGACCACACUGGAGGAGCAAGGACCAGUGAGGAACAUCAGGGUGACAGACGAGACGACGGACAGUUUCCGGGUGUCGUGGGCUUCAGCCCGCGGACCCGUGAAACGGUACCGCAUCUCCUACGUCCCGGUCAGUGGGGGCGUGGAGAAGCUGGAGGCGUACACUGUCGGCCCUGAGACCGACAUCGUCCUGCGUGGGCUGUCCCCCGUCACCACCUACCAAGUCAGCGUAUCGGCUGAAUACAUCUCCGGACUUGGCCCAGAAGUGCAGACCACAGGGACCACCAAAGAAGCUCGGGGGACCCCACGGGACCUGAGGGUCUUCAACGAGACAGUGUCCAGCAUGAGGCUGGCGUGGCAGCCAGCACCAGGCCGGGUCCAGCAGUAUCGCAUAGCGUACAAGCCAGCAGAUGGCGGGGAGAGGAAGGAGGUGAUGGUAAAGGGCGAUAGCACGGCAGUGCUGCUGAAGAACCUGCAGCCCGCCACGGAGUACGAGCUGUUCGUCAGCGCCCGCUACGCAUCUGGCCUUGGAGACCCGCUCCUGGGACAGGGGACCACUCUGGAAGAGCUGGGAUCACCUAAAAACCUGGUAACGGACAACGUCACAGAUACCAGUUUUGGUGUGUCAUGGACGGCAGCCCCCGGUAGCCCCCGAAGCUACCGUGUCAUGUGGAAGUCAAUGUUCACUGAUGAGUCUGGGCAGAAAAGGGUUCCCGGUGACGUCACGGCGACGGUGCUGAAUGGGCUCACACCGGAAACCCGGUACCAAGUGUCCGUCUAUGCUAUCUAUGGACGAGGAGAGGGAGACCCACUCAUUGGAGAAGAAACCACAGACGUUUCAGCAGCUGCCAGAGCUCUAGUUGUUUCCGAGGAGACGGAGAAAUCCAUGAAGGUGACCUGGCAGCCGGCACCGGGCAAUGUGCUGAACUACAGGGUGACGUACAAGCCCGUUGUUGGUGGGCGUCAGCUGGCCGCCAAGGUACCCGGCACAGCCACCGACACAGUCCUGCGGCGGCUGCAGUCCCUGACAACCUACAACAUCACGGUGCACCCCGUCUAUCGUCAUGGUGAAGGAAAAGCAAGGCAAGGACUGGGAACUACACUGUCACCUUACAAAGGGCCCAGAAACCUCCAGACCUCUGAGCCCAGUAAGACCAGUUUCCGGGUAACCUGGGACCCCGCUCCUGGUGACGUGCGUGGGUACAAGGUUAAGUUUCACCCAGCCGAGAAUGAAGUGGACCUUGGCGAACUGCUCGUUGGGCCUUAUGACAACACUGUGGUUCUGGAAGAACUCAGAUCUGGAACAAAGUACACAGUGAAUGUGUUCGGAAUGUUUGAUGGGGGAGAGAGCAUGCCAUUGGCGGGAGAGGAGAAGACCACCCUCUCGGAUGAUCCUGAGACCACUUUCAUUGGGCCAUCGGACCAGGAAUGCCGAACCACUGCUCAGGCCGACAUCGUCCUGCUGGUGGAUGGGUCCUGGAGCAUUGGGCGCCUAAACUUCAAAACCAUCCGGGCGUUUAUCGGUCGCACGGUGGGCGUAUUCGAUAUCGGACCAGACAGAGUCCAGAUCGGUCUGGCCCAGUACAGCGGCGAUCCCAAGACGGAGUGGCACCUGAACGCCCAUCAGACAAAGGAGUCUCUGCUGGAGGCUGUGGCCAACUUACCCUACAAAGGCGGCAACACAUUAACAGGGCUUGCUUUGAAUUAUAUCCUCCAGAACAACUUCAAACCCAAUGUUGGAAUGCGACCCAACUCUCGCAAAAUCGGGGUGCUUAUCACCGACGGCAAAUCACAGGAUGACAUUGUCGUAAACUCCCAAAACCUCCGAGACCAGGGCAUCGAGCUGUACGCUAUUGGCAUUAAAAAUGCGGACGAAAACGAGCUGAGGACCAUCGCCUCGGACCCGGUUGAGACCCACAUGUACAACGUGGCCGACUUCUCCUUCCUGCUCGACAUUGUGGACGACCUCUCGGACAACAUCUGCAACAGCGUUAAAGGCCCAGGUGGAGCGGACCCACCGACUAACCUCGUUACCUCUGAGGUGACCCAUCACUCCUUCCGGGCCACCUGGACUGCACCCGAUGGGCCUGUGGAGAAGUACCGUGUUCAGUACAUGACCUUGUCUGGGCAGCCGAGAGAGAUUUUUGUGGAUGGGACAGUGAACACAGCUGUGCUGGAGAACCUGAACCCCCUGACAGAAUACCUGGUCAGCGUUUAUUCGGUUGUUGGGGAAGAAAGCAGUGAGCCACUAAGGGGCUCAGAAACCACCUUGCCUCUGUCCGCUGUGAAGAGAAUGACGGUUUACGAUGAGCGUCCGACCACCAUGAGGGUGAGGUGGGAGCCUGCUGUUGGUGCUACUGGGUACAUGCUUCUGUACAGCGCCCGGAAUGCCACUGUGCCCACAGAUGAGAAAGAGUUGCGAGUUGGGGCUGAUGUGACCAAUGUCCAGCUGAUGGGGCUAAUCCCAGACACUGCAUACUCCAUCACUCUCUACGCCCUCCAUGGCGACGCGACCAGCGAUCCUCUGGUGGACCAGGGUGUGACAUUGCCUCUGCCUCCUGCGGGUGACCUGAGGAUAACGGACGUCACCCACAGCACCAUGCAGCUGGACUGGGACGCUGCGCCAGGCAACGUUCGCAAGUACAUCAUCACCUACAAGGCCGAAGAGGGAGAGGCCAAGGAGCUUGAAGUCCCGGGCUCUGUGACUAGGAAUGGCCUGGAUAACCUCAUCUCCCAGACCGAGUAUGAUGUUGCCGUCACCCCAGUAUAUGAUGAAGGGACUGGCAACCCGAUGCUUGGACAAGCUGUAACUGGUGUCGUGCCCUCGCCAAAAAAUCUGAGAUUCUCUGAGGUAACCCAGACCAGUUUCAGGGCCACCUGGGAGCAUGGAGCACCUGAUGUUGCCCUCUACAGAAUCAGUUGGACCAAGCAGGGUGACUCCAACUUACAAUACGCCAUCCUAAACAAUGACGAGACCACUCAGGUGCUGGAAAACUUGGACCCUGACACCAUGUACGAUGUUUCCGUCACUGCCAUCUAUCCGGAUGAGUCCGAGAGCGAGGACCUCAUGGGCAGUCAGCGCACAUUGUCCGAAAUCAAAAAUGAACCCGUUCAGAAUCUGCAGGUGUACAAUGCCACCACCACCACCCUGACAGUGAAGUGGGACCAUGCUCCAGGCAAAGUCCAGAACUACCGCGUCACUUACGAACCCAUAGCUGGGGGGAAAUCCCUGUCGACCCAAGUCGGGGGAAAGAAGAACAGCGUUAUCCUGCAAAAGCUGACCCCAGACACACCCUACGCCAUCCGUGUGGCAGCUUUGUACCCUACUGGCGAGAGCCCGGAGAUAUCUGGACAAGGAAAGACCAAACCUCUUGGUGGAGUGAGAAAUCUCCAAGUCACUGACCCCACCACCAGCACACUGAAGGUCACAUGGGAGCCUGCCGAGGGGAAUGUGCGCCAGUACAGGAUCUUGUACGUCCCUGCCACAGGGGGCGCCGAGGACAUGGAACAAGUCUCUGGGAGCACGACCAGCACUGUUCUGAAAAAUCUUCUCUCGGACACAGUCUACACGGUGACCGUGGUGCCUGUGUACCCUUCAGGGGAUGGCAAACGGCUCUCUGAAAAUGGAAAGACACUGGUACGCACGCCUCCCAGGAACGUGCAGGUCUUCAACCCCACAACCAACAGCCUGAAUGUCCGUUGGGAGCCAGCCUCUGGUGACGUUCAACAGUACCGUGUCAUGUACGCUCCUCUGACUGCAACCAGGCCCUCUGAGUCUGUCCUGGUGCCAGGUAACACCAACACCGCAUUCCUGGACCAGCUGCUCCCUGACACACCGUAUUCUGUGAAUGUUGUGGCUCUCUACGCCGAUGGGGAGGGGCAGCCGGUGGCAGAUGACGGCAAGACAUUGCCACGUAGCGGACCAAGAAACAUGGUUGUGUUUGACCCCACCACCAGCACUCUGAGUGUCAACUGGGAGCAUGCAGAUGGGCCCGUUCAUCAGUAUCGCAUCACCUAUGCCCCCACCACCGGGGACCCCAUCGACGAGCAUACUGUUGUGCCAGGAAAUAGGAACAAUGUCAUCCUCCAGAACCUGGACCCUGACACACCGUACAAAAUCAAGGUGACGGCCAUCUACCCCGAUGGACCGGGUGGAGAGCUUGCUGGGGACGGACGCACAGUGGGCCUUGUGGAGCCACGAAACCUGCGUGUGUCCGAUGAGUGGUACACCCGCUUCCGCGUGUCCUGGGACCCCGCUCCAUCUAGAGUUUUAGGGUACAAACUGAUCUACCAGCCUGCAGGCACAGAUGAGCCCAUGGAGGUGUUCACUGGGGACGUCACCACGUACCUCCUUCACAAUCUGCAACCUGGCACAACCUAUGACCUCAAAGUCUUGGCCCAAUAUGAAGCUGGCAUGAGUGGACCUCUGGUUGGACCAGGAACGACACUGUACCUGAACAUCACUGACCUGGUGACGUACAACGUCGGCCAUGACACCUUCUGCAUUAGGUGGACCGCUCACAGAUCAGCCACCUCUUACAGGAUUAAGCUGAACCCAUUUGACCCAUCCAGCAAAGGACAACAGGAAAUCACCGUCACUGGUUCCGAGAGCCAGUACUGCUUUGAUGGUCUCUCUCAGGACGCCCUGUACAAUGCCACCGUUUAUGUCCAAACCCCUAACCUCGAAGGACCAGGAGUCACCGUGAAAGAAAGAACCUUGAUAAAGGUCACAGAGCCUCCAACAGAACCUCCAACUCCACCUCCACCAGCCACAAUUCCCCCUGCCUGGCAAGUGUGCAGAGGCGCUAAGGCCGACCUGGUGUUCCUCAUCGAUGGCUCGUGGAGUAUCGGCGACGACAACUUCAACAAGGUGGUGCAGUUUGUGUUCAGCACAGUUGGCGCCUUGGAUGUUGUCAGUCCCACAGGAAUGCAGGUGUCUUUCGUGCAGUUCAGCGAUGACGCAAAGACAGAGUUCAAACUGAACACGUACCAGGAGAAGGGAAUGGUCCUGGCCGCUCUUCAGCUCGUCCGUUUCCGAGGAGGAAACACCAAGACAGGUGGUGCACUGAAGCACGUCUACGACAAGGUGUUCACCUCUGACAGCGGAAUGAGGAGGAACGUUCCAAAAGUCCUGGUUGUCGUCACUGAUGGCCGCUCUCAAGAUGAGGUCAAGAAGAAUGCCGCCCAACUGCAGCAGUCUGGUUACAGUGUGUUUGUUAUCGGUGUUGCCGACGUUGACAUCAAUGAGCUACGCAACAUCGGGAGCAAGCCCAGUGAGCGCCACGUCUUUGUAGUGGAUGACUUUGACGCCUUUACCAAGAUCCAGGACAACCUCAUCACAUUCAUCUGUGAAACUGCAACGUCAACUUGCCCUUUGAUUUACCUGGAUGGAUUCACAUCACCAGGCUUCAGAAUGCUGGAGGCCUUCAACAUCACGGACAAGACCUUUGCUGCUACCAAAGGGGUUUCCAUGGAGCCUGGCUCCUUCAACAGUUACAUCGCCUACAGGCUCCACAAAAAUGCCUUCCUGAACCAGCCCACGAAAGAUGUUCAUCCAGAGGGCCUUCCUCCCAGCUACACGAUUAUCCUGCUGUUGCGCCUACUCCCGGAUUCGCCAACACGGGCCUUCGACAUCUGGCAGAUAUCUGACAGCAACAACAAGCCUGAAGUCGGCGUCACCCUUGAUCCCUCCAAACAAGCACUAACCUUCUACAACAAGGACACCAGGGGUGAGGUGCAGAGGGCCACGUUCGACAAUGAUCAAGUUAAGAAAGUCUUCCACGGAAGCUUUCACAAGCUUCACAUCACGGUUUCCCCGAAGAGCGUCAAGCUGAACGUGGACUGUCAGGAAGUGGCAGAGAAAGAGAUCAAGGAGGCCAAGAACGUCUCCUUGGAUGGCUAUGAAGUUCUGGGUAAAAUGGCUGGUGGCUCCAGGGGCGAAUCAGCAACAUUCCAGCUCCAGAUGUUUGACAUCGUCUGUAGCUUGGGUUGGACGAGCAGAGACAGAUGUUGCGACUUGCCAUCGACGAGAGAUGAGAUGAAAUGUCCGUCGCUCCCCCACUCUUGCACAUGUGCACAGGACAGCAUCGGCCCCCCAGGACCCGCUGGACCUCCGGGUGGCCCUGGAUCUAAAGGCCCCAGAGGAGAAAGGGGAGAAUCUGGUCCAUCGGGUCCUCAAGGUACGAGAGGAGAGCUGGGAUUGCCGGGGCCUAUGGGGCCCCCUGGCCCUCAGGGACCCAGUGGCCUGUCCCUUCCUGGAGAGCCUGGCCGUCCUGGACCUAAAGGAGAUGCUGGUGAUCCAGGUCAACAGGGACGCGCAGGUGUCCCUGGAUCUGCUGGCUCUUUAGGUCCAAUUGGACCCAGCGGCCCAAGAGGCCCCCCAGGAAAGGAAGGACCUUCAGGGCCAAGGGGCCCAUCUGGACCAAUGGGAGGUCCUGGAAAUCCUGGAAUGCCAGGAGCCAGUGGAAAACCUGGAAAGCCUGGAGACACAGGGCGCCAGGGAAACCCUGGAAUGAAAGGAGAAAAGGGUGAAAGGGGAGACUUUGCGACUCAGAACAUGAUGCGGUCCAUAGCCAGACAAGUGUGUGAGCAGGUGGUCAAUAGUCAAAUGAGCAGGGUUGAUAUGAUGUUGAACCAAAUCCCCAAUGGUUACCGCAGCAACAGCCCUGGUCCAGCAGGCCCUCCUGGCCCACCUGGCAACGACGGUUCCCGCGGAGAACCAGGUCAAACGGGACGAAAUGGUUUCCCUGGAAACCCGGGCUUACCUGGUCCUCAGGGUGAAAUAGGGCCACCUGGAGAGAAGGGGGAGAGGGGUGCCCCAGGUAUUGGAACACGAGGACAAAGAGGUGAAAACGGACUACCUGGCCCACCAGGCGAGUCCCGAACUGGCCCCCCAGGACCCACUGGCCCCUCUGGGUCUCGUGGGCCACCUGGUCGCAAUGGUACCCCAGGGGUCCGGGGUCCACCCGGCCCCCCUGGCUACUGCGACUCCUCCCAGUGCGUUGGCAUUCCUUACAAUGGUGGAGGAGGAUACCCAGACCCUUACCAGCCCAGACCAGAUCCCCAAGUAGUCCCAAUACCAGAGGAGCUGUCCGAAGACACUGAAACAGAAAUACAAUCGCCCGAUUACUCACGAAACCAGCGCCGAAAGAGAUCGCUACGAGGACUGGAGCUAAAACCAUAGCAACAUAAAAAUUGGGCAUGGUGUUCCUUUGAAAUCAUUCCAAUUCAGAUUUUCUGUUUUUGCAUAUGCGCUUGAAAUAAGGGAAAUUACCACACACACACACAGACACACACACACACACACACACACACGUAUGCAACCACACUACACUUGCACGCACACAUAAAAUACACACGCAAUUGUAGAGUUUUGGUACUUCCUAAAGGAUAAGAAAUUAGUUAGAAUUUAUAUGGAGGAAGCUAUUUUUUUUUAAACCUGUUUGCCAUCUGUUCCCUUCAGUUUCUUUGCUUGUAAUAUAACUGCAGUGCUCAUCAGAGUCCGAUGUUUAAACCACUCAUGUAAAAAGAAGAAAAUCUACAUUCAAGAAUUCAUGGAGCAAAGCCAACUUUUUUGUAGCACAACAGUAUUCAGCAAUAAAUGGCAAUCUGUAUUAAUCAAGGUUCAGAAGUGUCUUCAUGUAAAGUUGUUUAUAGUUAUAUUGCCAUUGUGUGUGUCUUGAUUUUUUUUCAUUGUUAAGGGAUCCAGACCUGAAUUUAUCUACAGUACUCCAAACUCCAUUACAGUCACUAAAUAUGGCUUCCAUUGUUAUUUUAGACUAAAUAUUUAUCUGUUUUAUUAUUCCAACUCACAGCUGAUUUUACCAAGGGUGGAAUUGCAUGUCUGUGUUGUAUAUUUAGUGAGGAUUUUUUAAACCAGAAUAUAGUUUUUUUGUUUUGUUUUGUUUUGUUUAUCAAUAUCUCAUGCAGUUGGAAUUUGUUUGCAAGACUAUAAAUAUAGAAUUGCUGUUUUCAUGUUUUAACUGCAGAUUGUGAAUUUCACAGCCUUAUUUCCUUAUUUAUUUCUGAAACAGAAGAGGCAUUUUUCAAUAAAACUACUGAAAAUGUA